CCAGCAUCAAGCGUGAAAUGACCUUCCCUGCAUUUCAGCAGGAGGAUGUAAAAAGUGACAUCAGUCAAAAACUGCCAGACCAACAGUUUCUCCUGUUCACCACAAAGGAGGAAGAUUUAAAAACAGCAGAGACCAAAAAAGCCAACAGAGCUCAUGAGUAUGAGAAAGAAAACACUCGUUCUGUUUGUCUUCUGGAACAGAAGCGCAAGGUUGUUUCUUCAAAUAUUGAUGUGCCUCCAGCAAGAAAAUCUUCAGAAGAACUGGACAUGGAUAAAGUAACAGCAGCCAUGGUACUCACCAGUUUAUCCACCAGCCCUUUGGUCCGCAGCCCUCCUGUCCGACCCAACGAAUCCCUAAAUGGAUCUUGGAAAGAAGGAGGAUUUGUGCCUUCAAGUACCAGCAGCAGUGGAUACUGGAGCUGGAAUGCUCCCAGUGACCAGUCCAACCCAUCCACCCCAUCUCCACCUCUGUCAGCUGAUAGCUUCAAAGCUUUUCGGACACCUUCCCAGCCAGAUGAUGGUAUUGAUGAAGCUGAAACAAGCAACCUUCUCUUUGAUGAACCCAUUCCUAGGAAGAGAAAGAACUCCAUGAAGGUGAUGUUCAAAUGCCUGUGGAAGAACUGUGGGAAGGUACUGAGCACAGCUGCGGGGAUCCAGAAACACAUCCGGACCGUUCAUCUUGGACGUGUAGGAGAGUCUGACUACAGCGAUGGAGAGGAGGAUUUUUACUACACAGAAAUCAGGCUCAACACGGACUCAGUAGCUGAUGGCUUAAGCAGUCUUUCCCCAGUCUCUCCAUCUUUAGCAUCUCCUCCUUCCUUUCCCACCCCAGACGCAAUCCGUCCUGAAACUUCCUGUGCCAAAACCGAGACUAAAUUGAUGACACCUCUGAGCCGCUCAGCUCCGACCAACCUCUACCUCGUACACACGGACCAUGCUUACCAGGCCACUCCUCCGGUGAACAUUCCAGGGUCAGCAAAAUUCACUCCCAAUGGCAGUAGCUUUAGCAUCUCUUGGCAGUCGCCUCCAGUUACCUUCACUGGCAUUCCAGUCUCACCAACUCAUAAUCGUCCUGCAGGGAGUGGAGAGCAGAAACAGUCCCACACAGUUCUCUCAUCACCGCCUAGAGUAGCAUUUGGCUUGAGGAAGCCCAGAGGGGAGGGCAAGAAGUGUCGGAAGGUCUAUGGGAUGGAGAACAGAGAUAUGUGGUGCACUGCCUGCCGGUGGAAGAAGGCCUGCCAAAGGUUCAUCGACUAAAGAUUGCAAUUAUGCAGAGGAUCUGGGGCUGGGGGAGGAGGACAGCAGAACCAGAUUGCUGCAGCUGCACUGUAUCACUGCCCGUGCUUCCCGUCUUCUCUCCAGCCAUGGGGGGCCGUGCGGGGUGUGGGGUGUGUUUGGGGUGUUUUGUUUUUUUUUUAACAAGAGCUUUGUAUUUCAAAGUGAAGCAUUUGUAGCCAAGGAGAAGCACUAAUCAAAACCUGUGUGGAGCAAUAGAGGAAAAAAAAAAAA